AUGACUGAAACAACAGAGAAUGUUAAAAUCAAUAAGUGGGAUGGUGCUGCGGCCAAAAAUGCUAUUGAUGAUGCUAUCAGAGAGGUUUUGACAGGUGACCUGAAAUGUAAAGAGAGUUUUGCUCUAAUUGAUGGCCGGCUGUUCCUAUGUGCGUUAGCUGUUGGAGUGGCUCUCUAUGCUCUACUUUGGGAUUAUCUAUAUCCUUUCCCUCAAUCAAGAUUGGUUCUUAUUAUCUGUGUGUCGUCAUAUUUCAUACUUAUGGGUAUCCUCACACUCUACACAACAUUCAAGGAAAAAGGAGUAUUUGUUGUUGCUAAGGAAAAGGUUGGAAAUAACAAUAGGGUGUGGGAAGCCAGCUCCUAUGUCAAGAAGCACGACGAUAAGUACAACCUGAUUCUUGUGAUGCGAGACUCAUCUGGCAAGUCGCGGGAGGCCUCAAUCACCAAGUCAUUCGCCAACUUCAUUGACACCAACGGCACCAUCGUCAUGUCCCUCGUCCUCAACGAGGUCAACAAAAUUUACAACUCUCUAUCCUCAGAGAAAAAAGAGAAAUGA